UGGCGUUUUAACUGUGGACGGUUGCUACUCGCAUUCGCUGGCGGAUUAACGGCACAUAGAUAUACAUAUAUGCAUCUGCAUAUAUACCAUAUUAUCUGGAGCUAUUAUGUACAAGUCUGCGUAGAGGGGGAGCGUUUGAAGGCGAAAGAAAAUCCAUUCUUAACCAUACAAAUUUAGCGCAAAAUUCUUAACAAAAUACUGUUACAAACAUUCAACAAAAAAAAAACCAAAAAAAUGAUGUACCAAAGCAGUUGAUUAAGAAAAACUCACCCAAAAUAAUAAAACCAAAAUUAACACCAAAAACAUAUAUAAAUAAAAAUAUAUAUAUAAUUCAUUAAUAUUCAAUAAGCGUUAUAAACUUAAACUUAAACCCUAAGCUACAAAGAACUACACGUAACAAAUAGUUUAACGAGAACUCGCUUGAUAGACAAGACACCCCCAACAACCCGAGUGACAAGACGAAUAAGUAAUUCAAGUGAAAUCAACAGCGCCAAGAAAACAAAAGCUUAAAAAUGGCCGAUAAAAAAAUUGGUGAAUACUAUGCACCGCCGGUAAAAAUGGGCAAGUGGGAGGGUUUCAAAAAAUUCCUAUGGAACAGUGAAACUAGCCAAUGCCUUGGACGCACCGGUUCCAGUUGGGCGAAAAUUCUUCUAUUCUACAUAAUAUUUUAUGCGGCGUUAACUGGAUUCUUUGCUGCCAUUUUUACGGUAUUUUACCAAACGUUGGACAAUGAGAAGCCCAAAUGGAUGCUUGACAACGGUAUUAUUGGAUCCAACCCAGGUCUUGGUUUCCGACCAAUGCCCCCAGAGGCGAAUGUUGAGAGCACAUUAGUCUGGUACGAGGCAUCCAAGAAGGAUAAUUAUAAUUACUGGGUUGAGGAGACUUCCCGUUUCCUGAAAUAUCACACUUACGAGGAGCUCGAGAAGACUAAUCAAGUUAACUGCAGCUUCGAAAAUCCCCCACAAGAUGACAAAGUCUGCGGCAUUGACGUCGCAAGCUUCGCCCCAUGUACAGUUGAGAAGAGCUUCGGCUAUCCUGUGGCCAGGCCAUGUAUAUUCCUAAAGUUAAAUAAGAUUUACAAUUGGGUACCAGAAAUUUACAACGAUUCAAAGACCUUGCCAGACCAUAUGCCCGAUGAACUGAAACAGCACAUCAAGGAAAAGCAAAGCCUGCGUCCCAAUGAAACAAAUGUGGUCUGGGUCUCGUGCGAGGGUGAGAAUCCUGCCGAUGUUGAGAACAUUAAAGCCCGUGACUACUACCCACGCAUGGGAUUCCCUCGUUACUACUUCCCGUUCAAAAAUAUUCAUGGAUACAUACCGCCCAUUGUCGCUGUUCAAUUUACCGUUGAAACCGGCGUUUUGAUCAACAUUGAGUGUAAAGCUUGGGCCCGCAACAUCAACCACGACCGUUCGGACAGAAGAGGAUCCGUUCACUUCGAGUUGAUGGUCGAUUAAGAGAUGCGUUAAGGAAAGUACAUCGGUCAUGAGGGAUCGUCAGUAUCAAGGAAACGGCCAUCGAAGAAUAAAAGAGAAAUUGAAUUAAAAGAACCGAAAAGAAAUGAAAGAAGUAUAGAAAAACCAGCAACAAAACCCACACACAAAACCGAAACAAGAAAAAUGUAGCAGUGCAUAAACAACUAGUUAAUGCAAUAAAAACAUGCGAGAUACAGCAGCAACCAAAGACAAAAUUAAAAAAUGAAGCUACAAGAAAAUGAAAAACUUAAAGAUUACAAAAAAUCUAGCCCUAUAAAGCAAAAUAAAAAAAGCUAAACAAAAUAAAAAACCUACCCAACGCUAAUUAAAGAACACCCCCACACAGAAUCACACAAAAAACCUUUAUUUUUUAGGACAGUUUUAUUUAGUUCAUAAUUUAGGCAGCAAAUAAAAAUUAUCAGUAAUAAACUUUUAAACAAAACCAAAAAUAAAUAAUUUUCUUAAGAAAUUCUUAUCGGUUUGUUAGUGUCAUUUUUGGAACAGGAACCACAAGAAACAUAUAAACGACAAACAGCGCAGCGAAGAAACCUUUAAAAUGCAAAACAUCAAUUGUACUUAAAUGAUAACCGAAUGACUUGAACAUUUAAAAAUUAUUUAUAAAUAACAAUUUUUGUGUAUAUAUAUAUAUGUAUAUUUUUUAAUAUAUUUUAACAAAAUAUAUAUAUAUAUAUAAAUACAAAUUGUACAAUUGGGGGACAUAUAAACAAAUAUAUAUAUAUGUUUAUAUAUAUAUCUUUAUACCCACACUUCUCUAGCCCCUCCUCGUCAGCACCCAUAACAAAAAGCAUUAUAUAUUGCUUAGGAUUCCGAAAUAUAAUUUUGUUAAAUUUGUUUUAAGUAAGCAGAACGCAGCAUUUUUACGCAUGAAAAAAGAAAUGACAUUACAAAGGCAUAACACUCAAUUGUUUGAAUACUACAUUUAUAAAGAAAGAACAACUUAAAUUGCAGAUUCUUUAAUAAAAAAGUAAGCAAGAUCUGCAAAUGACAAACUAAGGCGCGGCGAUCUUAAUAAAAAGGCAUAAUUGAAGAAAAUCUGAAAAGCAAACCAAGACAUAUUUCAAAUUAAUACUCUUCACUUAUUAUUGAGAACCCCAAAUCCAAGAUCAUUAUUGGGUGAAUCGCAUGAAAGAAUCUAAUUUCAAGAAAUAUAAAUGAAGCAAACAGAAUAAAUAGCUGAAAUAAGAGUAAUGAGGUUACUGGUUACAAUAAAGAUGAAGAACAUAUAAAAUAAAAAUAUAUUAUGUAUACAACACCACAAGAAUAAUAUAAAUAAAUCCAAGUUGUUUUAACUACAUAAAAAAGUCCGUUUCCAUCUCAUAUAAUUUACAGCGAAUCCCAUAAUAAGAAAUACCAUAGUGCAGUCCCUCCCUCUUUUUCGAACAGAAAGUCCCAUUUAAUUAAUUUGAACCAUAUUAAUUUUUUUUGUUUACUCACAGACAAGCCGAUGACCAGACUCGGAAUAUGAUAUAAAUAUAAAUAUAAAUAUUUGAGCCUCAACUAUCUUAAAACAAAGCUGUCUAUUUUCCCAAAAAAAUACUCGAAAAAAAAGCUCGCAGCCGGCAUAACAAAAGCUUAAUAAUUAUCCCUUUUUCCAUCCACUUUAACUAGUGUAAUUUUUAAGAGUAAUGUAAGGUGAUGAGCCUAUUAAAAUGCUAAAAAGUUUUGCCAAAAAGCAAGAACAAAAUGCAGAAAAUAAAUAACAAAAUUGAAUUUGAAUGGAAAAUUAAAUAAACAAAUAAAUGUAUUAUGAGAGAAUACAUACUUUCAUAAAAUGAACUUUAACCGAAAUAUUAAAAGGACUCUGUUUGGACCAGAGAUGGGAAAAACUAAAACCUUGUCCAUUUUCAUUACAAAUUUGGUACACACACGCCUACAUUUUUAAAAAGUUCUAUCUGGCCUCAAUAAGUGAAUUUAGUUUCAACCAUUUUAAGUUAUCAAGGGAAUACUUCUGAAGAAAAUUCUUAAGAAUUCAAAGGCACGCAGAAUUCUGAGAAAAUAAAAUAAAAUAAUUGUUUUCUAAAAUCUUUGCUAGUGCAUGUUUUCCUAAGACUAAGCUUAACAAAUUAUAAAAUGAAAGUAAUUAGUUAAGUAGUAUAAUGAAAUUACAGCAAAAAUUGUCGUCAUUGGACAAAACAAAUACCUGUUGGGAGAUCAUUUGAAAGAACUUAUUCGUUAAUGUCCAGGUAACCGCCGGCAGAGUUAAAAUUGAAUUGAGCUAACCAUCUAAACUUAAAUGUUUAUUUUUCAUCUCAAGUUUUUCACGCACAAAAUUAGACUUGAAGAAGACGUUUUAUUUAGUUUUGUCCCGGCAAAGUGUGUUCCCCGUAAACCGCCGAUAAAUAUUAAUAGGUUAUCUAGGGUAAAGAGAUCUUGUAAACAAAACGAAUAAAUAUUUUCCAUAACAAAAUAUAUAAUAAACACAUAAAAGAAGAAAACUGCCAAGUAAAUGUUUGAACCCUAUAGCUUACAAAAAUUCAAUUAAAAGUUAAUUCUCUUCAGUCUCAGAUUGGUCUCGCCUGUCAGCGGUUGCCAUUUACUCCGAAAAAAAUAAGAUUACUUUAAAGACUUUCCAUUCUUCACUAGCGGCAACUACUAGCACACAAUUUAAAUAAAUUAUAUUUAACAAGCAUAUAUAUAAACUGCCAUUUUUUAUGUAUGUAAAAUAAAACGUAAAGAAAUAUAAAAAACCAUUAAAAUUGACAUUUUUGUAUGUAAACCGACAACCAAACCUUGACACAAACGCAAGGCAACAACAAUUAAUGUUCAAAAAAUUUCAAAACGGUUUUUCAAUAAUUGUUUAAAGGACUUUACAUAAUCACAUAUUUAUAUGUCCAAUAAUCUUAUUGAACUUCGCUACGAAAAAUAGCAAAUCAGGCCGCCGCCACCACUUCAGCAAAAAGAAUUCCUUAACAUGCAAGUUUUUUAAGAUCUCCCACAGAAAAAGUGAGAAACACUGCGGCGUGUUUAAAAAAAAACCAAAAGAUGCAAGGCAAAAAGACAAAUAUGAAAAUGAUUUAAAGAAAAUUUGUUGACUUUUCUUUUAUUUGCAAUUGGUAUAAAUACUUACAAGAUAAACGAAACAUUAUGGGAAAAAUAGCGGCAUUAGAAAAAUAAAAUGAACUAGAAAAAUAAAAAGAAACUGUAUUAAAAUUAAGCUACAUAGGUCUAAGCAUAUAUAUACAUAUAAAUAUAUGCAAAUGUUAUAUACAUAAAUGGUAAACAAAAUGAAGAAACAAUGGAAAAUUACAAUUAAGUAUGCAUACAUUUAUGGUUUUUGAUUUACAACAAACACAAUAGAAUAAAAUAAAUAAUUUAACAAAAUCCCAUACACGAAAAAUUAGCAGAAGCUUAAUUAAUUUAGUUUACGAAGAAAACAAAAAAAAAGGAAAGCUCUAAUUCAUAGUAGUUACUAAAUAUGUAUACUAAAACAACAAUAACAUGUUUUAGUUGAAAAGAUCAUAAAUCUGAAAGGAAGUUAUUCGAUAAAGAAA